CCUCCGCCGCCGCCGCCGCAGCAGCAGCAACAGCAGCAGCAUCACGAACUGACCUCGCUCUUCGAGUGCCCCGUCUGCUUCGACUAUGUGCUGCCGCCCAUCCUCCAGUGUCAGGCCGGGCAUCUGGUCUGCAAUCAAUGCAGGCAGAAGCUGAGCCUCUGCCCCACUUGCCGGGGCUCCCUCACCCCCAGCAUCAGGAACCUGGCCAUGGAGAAGGUGGCCUCGGCCGUGCUCUUCCCCUGCAAGUACGCCACAACAGGCUGCUCUCUGACACUCCAUCACACAGAAAAGCCAGAACACGAAGACAUCUGUGAGUAUCGUCCCUACUCCUGCCCAUGCCCUGGUGCAUCCUGUAAAUGGCAGGGAUCCCUGGAAGCCGUGAUGUCCCACCUCAUGCACGCCCACAAAAGCAUUACCACCCUUCAGGGAGAAGACAUCGUUUUUCUUGCCACAGACAUUAACCUUCCAGGGGCUGUUGACUGGGUGAUGAUGCAGUCGUGCUUCGGUCACCACUUCAUGCUGGUGCUGGAGAAACAAGAGAAGUAUGAAGGUCACCAGCAGUUUUUUGCCAUCGUGCUGCUCAUCGGCACCCGUAAGCAAGCGGAGAACUUUGCAUACAGACUGGAGCUGAACGGCAACCGCCGCCGGCUGACCUGGGAGGCAACGCCUUGCUCCAUCCACGACGGGGUGGCUGCAGCCAUUCUGAACAGCGACUGCCUAAUUUUUGAUACGGCUAUAGCACACCUUUUUGCUGACAACGGAAACCUUGGCAUUAACGUGACUAUUUCUACAUGUUGUCCGUGAUGUAUUUGCAUAGCUAGCAAAACCUAGGCUGUCUGGACAUAGUGCUUUACAUUCACGAAGGGUUUUCUUUUUGUUCCGUUUUUUCUUAAUGCUAUUCAACUAUGUCAUUGUGUAUGCUAAGGUUCCUAACUUGCCAACAUUUUUAACCUUGGAGAGAAGAGGAACAAGAGUGUCCUGUAAGUAAUAUGAGUGGGAAAAGGUCUUUUUAAAUUCUUGGGUGCCUUAGGAAGAUUCCCCCCACACAGUCACCUUUUUAAAUUUAAUUAUAUUCUAUUUAAAGAGUGCUUCCAUUAGACAUGUGGCUUAAGAGACCUGGAGGACUGCAUUCCCAUUUGGAGCGCAGCUAAAAGCCCUUUCGGCAGGAACACUGACUUUCUCUCUCGCUGGUGAGCUUUAAUAACAGUUUUUAGUAGGCGGGAAAGGAAAGAAAUCCAAGCAACCUCUCACAAGACAAGUUGUGACUCAAAGGGGAAGAACAGGUACUUCAGUGUUGCUACUCCCAUUUCCUGCUACCUUAUUAAAAAGGGAUGGGCAUUGGAUCAUUUGCUGCAUUUUUAAAACAAAAUAGGGGAGGAGGAGCUGGGGUGAAGCAUGGCAGAGCAUGGGAAUUGCUGGCUCCUGUCUGUUUUAGGGGGAUCAGUGAGCCCAGCACACAGUACAACUGCUCACAGCCAGGUACAAGUGAAAGCAGGAGGCACACAUCUAAUGUAUCUCGAACAGCUAGAGCCAAUAAUAUAGAAAUACGUGCAAGCUGUCCACAUGCAGCUUCCCUUGGAGACAUACUUGACUAUUGAUUAUUGUAAAAGACUAAUAAUUUAGCAAGAGCUUUAUGGCCAGUGUCGCAUCAUUUGCUAUUU